GGCUCACCAGCAGGCCGUCUUACCUCUUUCUUUCCUGGAGACGGUGCAGUCUCGCCGUUGCCAGUCGAUCCCAUGCCGCCCAUAUAUGCAGCAGCUGGAGUCACGCCACGGAAUCAACGAGAGCGCAGCGGCUGCGACCCGCUGUGACGGCAGGACGACGGAGCCGGCGCAGGGAAAAAAAAAAGGCUUUCUCUUGCUCGCAGGCAAUUUCCCACGCGCUCACUUGCCGGGGCGCUGCUACAGCCAGAGCCCAUGAGCCGUCGAGUUGGCUUCUUGCGUCAAGCUGCAGCGUCUGCACCUCGAGCCUCAGAUGACUCCCCAAAUACCCCAACUCGGGCGUCACCGUCGUGCUAAUCCGCCUCGAUCCAUGUAGCGCAGUCUGAUCACGCUGCCUCUGCUGAUCGGUCCAUCCUUCUCUCUUCUGGACUAAUCCCACGCCUGUGCCGUCUGUCUGGAUGUCGCGGCCUGGCUGAUCUUUGGCACGGCAGCGGGACGCCCGCAGAGUUCAAGCACGGAGCAACGUUGAGCGCCACAGAACGCUUCUCCAAUGUGUUUUUGAUACCGCUCGUGACACGCAAGGGUCUGUAGCUAAGGUAAAGGCAAGCUGGGAAAGUCAAAAAAAUGAAGGCGUGACAGAAGGUAUCCUGUGGACUCGGGUUGGUUGCAGCCGAACCGAUGUCUCGCGGCACGAAUGCGCUGCACCAACCUCAAUCACUCAACACCGCGAGCUUGAAGGCGACUCAUCGUUUUUUUUUGGACCUUCUUCUGCUCAUCGUAGUUCUGUGGUGCAUAUGCACGGACAGAAAUUCGUGCCGGACGGACGGCCGUGGCCACCAGAACCCCGUUCCGUCAUUCCGCUGCCAUUGCUUAAGACCUCUGCUGCUGCUCCAGGAAGUUCUACGCUAACAAUUAUGGCGACGAUGUCUCACUCUCUGGAGGCUAGAUUAUCGUGUUGCACAUCACUCCGUGUGCAUAGUUCGACCGAACUCAUCCUGUGCUCCGCGUUUCUUAUCAAGAUCUUCGAUUCGGCCGUCGGCAUCGGCCGAGCUGUGGCUACGUUUAAAUCUUAGGCAAAAUCCGUAAGAUGCUCGCCUUUCCCACCAGCAAUCGAUUUGUGCAGAAGGCAUGAGAUCAAAGACUCUACUCACGGCCUUGUGGUCGCUAUGCUUUUCCUUUGAUGCAACUGGCCAUAGCAUGCAUCGGCGAGAUGUUCCACCACAAGAUGCAUUGUAUGCAUCAUCGGGUCUAACAAUCAACUCGGUGCCGUAUUCAACACGCGUUCACUGGAUGCGCAGAGCAAAUGAAGCUCUGUCAGAGCUGGCUUCGCCAUGUCCGUUCGCCGCCUUCGGUUCCGUCAUCGUAAAUCACACCGACACCUCCGGCUUAGGCGAGGAAAUAUGCAUCGGCGCAAAUGCCAACUCUGCAGAAGGGAAUCCAACGCUGCAUGGCGAGAUUGCAGCCAUUAAUAACUGCUCCGAGGUCUUGCAAGGCCCCCGUUUCAACCUUAGUGCUGCAGAGGCCCUCAGCGCCAUGAAAUCGCUGAGUUUGUACACAAACGCGGAGAGCUGUCCCAUGUGUGCCUCAGCGAUCAGAUGGGCCGGCUUCAGAGAGUAUAUCUACGGCACUUCGAUUGAUUAUCUGAUCGAAAAAGGAUGGGGCCAGAUACGGAUCAGCAGUCUAGAAAUCUUCCAGGAAAGCUUUGAUCUGCCGAGUCAGGCAAGGUUGAUUAGCGAUGUGCUUAGGAACGAGACAGACGUCUAUUUUGGGUGGCAGUAUGAUCCUGCCGCACCAUGUCCCUCGGGAUGUUCGAGGGAAAGGGUGUCGGGGUCAUGCAUACGGGACUGAAGAUGAUCGCUUCACUGCAAUAAAAUAUAAAGGAAAAGAAAGAAUCACUCUCGGACGAGACUAGGUGUUGAUUUUUUUUUAAAAAAAAAAUAUCUAAACGCGUGGUUUUGUAUAAGGAUCCGUAUGUUGUAAGAUUUUGAUGCGAAUAGUCGAGCGAUGGCUCCAAAAGUCAGCACGACGAAGCACAAAGCUAAGUCGCCCACAGACUGCGAGGCGCAAGAAGGGCCCCUUGAUCGUUCCACGCUCGAUCAUACAUUAUGCAUAGUCGUUAGAGCAUGAAUAUUACCAGUGUCAUCCAG